AUGAAAAAUAGUGAAAGUGAAAUAACAAGUGAUGCUAAAUUGAAUGUUCAUGUUUCAUCUAUUAUUGGUUCUUUAUCAGCAAAAAUUGAAGCUAUACAAAGUGAAAAAGUUAUUAUUCAAUAUAAAGUUUUUAGACAUUCAACGCUUGAAAUAACAUUUUUAAAAAAUAAAAAAGAUGUAACAACAUUAGAUGAUAAAGAAUGUUUUCAUAUUGAACAUGAUGAUAAAACAGGUGAAGUUCGUUUGAUUAUUUCUGAUAUUAAAGAAGAUGAUCAUGGAAAAUAUACAAUUCGUGUUAAAAAUCCUGCUCAAAUAGUUGAAGAACACACAAAUUUAACUAUUACAGCACCAUUAGCAUUUAUUAAUAAAUUACAAGAUACAGAUGUUAUUAAUGGACAAAAUUUAACCUUAACAUGUUGUUGUCAAUGA